UCGCCUGCCAAACGUAGACAGCACACCAGCCAAGCGCUUGGCCAGUGCCACUCAGCGCAGAAGAAGAAGAAGAAGAAGACGAAGAAGAAGAAGCCGAAGCAAAGGGCGGAAGAAGCACUGGCAGCGCGCCCGCUGGCCUGCAGGAGGCGGUGUUGGAGAUGGCGGUGCCCUCGGCUCAGGAGUUCCGCUGGCAGAGCCUGGCGCGCCUGUCCAGCGGGCGCGUCUACCACUCCCUGGCGGAGGCCGGGGGCCAGCUGUAUGUGCUGGGGGGUUGCGACGUCGGCGGCCACCCAUCCAGCGCCCUGGAGCUCUUCUCCCCCGAGGUGGACCAUUGGAUGAGCCUGCCCCCCAUGCCCCAGGCAAGGGCCGGGGCAGCCGCCGUCACCCUGGGCAAGCAGCUGCUGGUGGUGGGAGGUGUGGGCAAGGACCAGCGCCCCCUGAAGGAAGUGGUGGCGUACAACACGGACGAGGGGAAGUGGGUGAAGAGGAGCUCGCUGAAGGAGGCGAUAAUGGGUGUGGCAGUGACAGUCAAAGAUGGCCGGGCGUUUGCAGUGGGGGGCAUGGGCUCCGACCUGGUGCCCCGCAGCACUCUGCAGCAGUACGACCCCCGGAAGGACAUGUGGGCACUCAUGCCCCCCAUGCCCACCCCGCGCUACGAUGCCAACAUCAACCUCCAUACCUCGAAGCUCUACGUGGCAGGCGGCCGGCAGUGCAAGCGCUCGCUGAAGGCCUUCGAGGUGUUUGACAUGGAGAGCCGUGUGUGGAGCGUGCUGCCCGUGCUGCCCUGUAAGCGCUCCUACUCGGGCGUGCUGUGGGACACCGCCGGCCGCCUCUGUUGGCUGGGGGGGCUGAGGCAGGGGGGCAUGCACCAGCGCUCCAAGUUCACCAACAACGUCAACAUCUACAACCCCUCGGAAGGAUUGUGGCUGAAGCCAGAGGAGACUGUUUCUUUGAAGACCAAACGUGCCGAUUUUGCCGCUGCCAUCCUGGGAGGCAGGAUGGUCGUGGCAGGUGGCCUAGGCCAUCAGCCCUCGGUGUUGGGUACGGCGGAGGCAUUCCAUCCGCAGAAGAGGAAAUGGGAGGCCAUCGCUCCGAUGACAUCUCCGCGUUGCUCGGCGUCCACCAUUGUCAUCCAGGAUCGGCUGUUUGUGGUGGGAGGCGUCAAUCAGGUCCCCAGCUCUGCUCACGAGGUGCUGCUCAUCAAGGAACAGGAGAGCCUGUAGUCGCCACCCCACCGCAGCAACAGCCACUGAAGACUGAAGCAGAGGCAUUUUUACAAAUUUAGCUUAAUGCGUUAGCUCCCCCUACAGGCCACGCUUGCACAGCACACACGCAUUCAGACCUGGAGCGCCAUCUGCAGUUCUGUUAUAAGCAGUUGCAAACUGUGUUAGCCAUACUGAGAGUAGCUGUCUUAUUUCAAAGCAGUAUAGAGGAAGCCUUAAUGAAUAGCCAAAGACUGGCAAACACUACAAUCAUAUCACAUCAUGUGCUGUAAAGUAAAAAAAACAACA